GACUUAAGUAUUAGAAACAAUACUCUUUUUGGGACAGAGGUAGUAUCUUAUUUGUACUCUCUAAAUUUGUUUAAUUAUUGUGAAUCAAUUUUGGAAUGCAUGUUCUGCAGAAUAAUGACAUCGACUAUUGGAGGAAGUUUAGUUCAGAAUAUUAUGCUCCUUGUGCUAAGCAAAGGUGGUGUUUGUCUAUGUGCAAAAAUAUAAGCCAACAAGCUCUAGAUCUUUUCACGGAGACAGCCAUGGAAUCUUGGUGCUGUAGCAUUUGUGGUUCGAAAUCCUCAAAAGGAUUUGAAGUAACAUAUGAAGCUCUUCCGAGGCUUUUCAAAACAAAUUUUGAGAGUGGGAUGCUGGAUGAAAUCAUGUUCCUUGGAUUGCCUCAAGAACACAUUUUUCCUUCCGGGUUAAUAAUGUUGGAAUAUGGCAAAGUAGUUCAAGAGAGUGUUUAUGAGAAAUUUCGCAUCGUUCAUGAGGGUAAACUUCGUGUAAUCUUCAGGGGUGACUUGAAGAUUGUUUAUUGGGAAUUCUGUGCACAAUGUCAUGAAGAGUUUUUACAGCACCAGUUGAUUGCUAGACAGAUUAAUGACUUUGUCGAAGCAGCUCAGAAAUAUAAGAGUGGCAUCGACAAUUUUGAUGGAUCUUUAUCAAAGGAUAUGCAUUCAUCUUGCAACAUGUUUGUCACAGCAGAGCAUCAGCUAGCAAGGAGUCUGCAGCUGUCAUUGGUUAAUGAUUUAGGAUUUUCUAGAAAACAUUUUAGGUGUUUACAGAUAUCCGAAGUUGUCGGCACCAUGAAAGAUUUAAUAACUAUUUCACAAGAGCUCGGCAUUGGACCCAUUGAGUGUUUGAAGAACUAUUCAAAGUUGAAGGAAGGAAAAGAGACAAGGACCGCCAACAGUGGGGUAACCACUAGAGAUGGCUCAGAUGAUGGGCAAGAGGUAUUACAGUUCCUGGAUGGGCAUGGAGAACUCAAUAGAACACUCAGUUAAGCUGGUUUUUUGCAAAAGAGAAAGCAACCUGCAGCAGAGUUAAAGGACUUUUGAGGCUGCCCUAAAAGGUUCAUACCAUGUUGUUGCAGGAGAUGGCAAAUAGUAGUGUGAUUUCAGCUUUACCUAAGGGCUUGUUUGGCUUGAGAAUUUCAUCAUUGAAGGAGUGGCGCGGGCAUUUGAUUUUUUUCUUUUUAAAACUAAUGUAUCUUCCAUCUGUACUUUUAAAGUGUGUAUCUUCACAUAAGUUUUCAUAUUUGUUCUUUCCAAACUAAAAAUGUUAUACUCUUCGUAACUCGUAAAUUAAUAAAUAAACAUCGUCCUU